GAGAGAUAGAAAAAAGAAAAAGAAAAAGAAAAAAGAAAAUCAAGUAAUUUCCCCCUUUCAAUUCACGCUAUUAUAUCAUCAUAAUCUACAAUUUGUUCCACCAACAAAAUUAAAGUAUCACCGCCUUGAACCCCAAGAAGGAAAGACUGGAAAUUUGGAAAGAGAGGAAGAAACCCAUAUUUGAUUUUGGCAGAAAAUGGGGAAUUUCAAUAUAUGAUUCACAUAGAAAAGGGGGAAAGUUUAAUAAAUGCGGCAGCUCAGUCUCUUCAGUCUCAGCUCCCUUUUGUAGUGACAUUUGUCUUCGUUUUGCAAAAAAAAACUCUUUGAGCAUGUGUAUUUUUUAGAGAAAGAGGGUUUUAGGAUGAAAUGCAAAGGGGGAGUAGGGAGGAAGAAAAGUGCAAGCCCUUCAAUGGAGGUUGUUGUGGGUUCAAUUCAGGACGCCAUGGAUAGUGGUGAAGUUCAUGGAGGCAACUCGGAUUACGCUAAUGCGAACAUUAACAAUAAUCCCAUUAAUGGCUCCGAGCCUUCAAAUUCCCAUUUGACAGAGACCCAUCAAGAUCAAAACCUAGAAGAGCCUGAUGAUGAUGAUGGCGAAGGGGACGAAGAAGAUGAACAAGAUGGAGAUGAGGCUGCUUUUGCUUCUCAGAGAACUAAUCUCGAUGAUGGGUUUUAUGAAAUUGAAGCCAUUCGUCGAAAAAGGGUUCGGAAGGGCCAGCUUCAGUACUUGAUCAAAUGGCGUGGCUGGCCGGAGGCGGCUAAUACUUGGGAGCCCUUGGAGAAUCUCCAUACAUGUUCCGAUUUCAUCGAGGCGUUCGAACAGAGUUUAAUGACGGGAAAACAGCGGAAACGGAAGCGAAAACAUGGGGUUGUUCAUACUCAAACCAAGAAAAGGCAGCACCAGCAGCGAGGCAGUUUUUCAGCUUACAAUGUCACAGAUGUUGAAAUCAGUGUUGUUGAUCAACGUCUGCCCUCUGCUCCUUUGAACUUGUCUAGCUUGACUAAUCCUUAUGCUCAUUCACAAUCACUAGUUUAUAAUCACGAAGGAGAAAAGAAUGGAGAUGUGACUGCUAUUGAAAGAGGCAAGCAAACCGAUAUUGAUAAUAUGGGCAGGAAUGCUACUCAACGAUCUGAAUGGAAGAAAGAUGAACAUGAGUAUGACCCCAAACUCAGUGAGCUUAAGGCAACAGUAUUAACAAACAUAGCCGUUACCGAUAAGCAUGUAAUCAAUGUUCAAGAUGCCAGGACAACAGAGAACAAUGGCUCUGCAGCUGGUCUUUCUAAAGGUGCCUUUGUGGAACCAGUUACUGAUAAUCGGUGCACCGGGGCUAGGAGAAGGAAGUCUGGUUCAGUUAGAAGGUUUAGACAUGAUUCAACUUUAUCUGAACUGCCUAGGUCUCAAAGUGCAGAAUUGACAUUAGCUGUUGUAGAAUCUGGUGUCAGAGUGGAACCAAUAGGGGUUGAGAAUUCUGGAUAUCAUGGAGAAAGUUUAAGUCGUAAUAACAAGACAGAUGACGCCAGAAACGAAACGAGUAUCAUCAAGAUUAUUAAACCGUUAGGGUAUUCAGCUUCUGUGUCAAACAACAUGCAGGAUGUGUUGGUAACUUUUGUGGCCAUGAGGUAUUACAGCUUUGUCUUUCCUCUUCAUUUAUGGUCUGAUGGGACAGAAGUGGUGGUUGACAACAAAUUUCUCAAGGCUAUCAAUCCCCUAUUGUUGAUCAACUUCUAUGAGCAACAUCUACGCUAUACUACCAGAUCAUAAAUUUCAGAUCUAUGAACGGUACGACUUAUCAGGAUCCCUAUUUUGUUAAUUAUUUACACUUUAGAUGCAUUUGUACUGCCUCUUGGUGCUCAAGAUCGAUUAGUAAGGAGAUGGUUAAGCAAGAUCUGCAAAUAUUUAGCCAUAACAGUAUCCUUUCAUCUACGGUCAGGCUGUGCAGAACAGAGAUUAGAAGUAAGAGGAUUAUAAUGAUGAAAUUAAUGUUUUUUAAGUAACUGUCUUGUUCUAGGUUUUGUACAUAUUACCUUUCUGUGUCAAUCUACUUGCAAUCAAUGCACUUGUUUAGCAAUGGAUAGAACUGAUUAUAACCUUUGGAAGGGUCCUUAGGGAAUCAAUGCUAUAGUUAUGUUGAUUGCAUAUAUAUAAUAAUUUUUCUUCUGAAGUUCGAGAAA